UAAAAAUCAACAAAUACUAUAAAAAGAUAAAUUAAAAUUUGUAAAAAAAUAUCUUUAAAGUUAGACUGAUAUUUAUAGCUAAUUAUUUAAAACUAACAUAAUAAGAGAUUGACACGAAAAAAUCUAAUUAUGUCUGUAACCUUUAAUACGAUAUGGACUAUAUCUUUUAAAAAUCAGAAAUAACUUAAAAUAUCAAUAAUAAUAUUUAAUGUCAGCAUCAUAAGUUAAUAUUUUUAUAAACCUUAAAUUUUCUUAAAAAAAUAAAAAAAUUAAAAAAAUACUUACUUGAUAUAUAUGCUAACUCUUCAUUAAUUAACGUCAGAAUUAUAAAAUUAUGUCUUAAAGUAUGUCAAAACAUACAUAUAGCUUAUAAAUCAAAAUAAAAUAAAUAAUUAAUAUCAUAGUACUUAAUAUGAGCCAAUAAAUAUAAAUGUAAACUGAAAUUUAGUAUUUGUUUUUUAUUUAUAUCGGUCUCAGCUAUAAAAUAUUGUAAAUUUAUAAUAUGUUAUAUGAGUUUCUUAGAAAAAUAAUGGUUGAUUGUGAUUCUUUUUUUUUUACCGAGCCAAUUUAUUAUUUAGUUUACAAUAAGUUACAAAGCUCUGUAAGAAAUAAGUGAUUGUAACAAUAGUUUACAUAUGUAAGAAAUAUAUUGUUAAACAAGUUGUUUAUUUCUGUUUUUUUAAAUCUUUUACAUAUGUGUUCUCAAGCUGUUUUUAUCAAUAAAUGAAUAAACAUAGUUAUAUAGUAAUCAAAAAUUUAAAUUUAAUAAAUUUUGACAUAUAUGUUUAUAAGAAAAUCAUUAUCAAAAUAUUCAUUAAACUAAUCAAAUAUGUUUUUAAGAAAAACUCUAAAUAUUUUAUAAUCAAUAAGCUUUUUUGAAUAUGGUCAUUAAAAUUAUGCAAACUAUAUGGUGACUUUUCAUAAGUCUUUAGUGUAAUUCACCGAUAGAAUUUGUAGGACAUAUGCUUAUGAAAAUUUAUUAAAGCAAUUAACAUAACAUAUAAAAUUAAAAAUGAUCUCACCAAGUUCUAUCAAUGAAAGAUACUUGAAACAAAAUGUUAUUAAAACAUACGACAACAUAAAAUAAUCAAAGAGGCUAAUAAUUAAAGUAUAUUAGUUUAAAAUUCUAAUAACAUUUACAAAUAAUAUUGACAUUAGAGUAUAGUCUCACGCUCUCAGUGACAACAGAAAAUAAAGAUAUGAAAAAUAUUCAUUAUAUAUUCGUCAGUUGGAAAAUAUAAUAUCUAAGUUUAUGAAAUAUGAUGUGAACUAAUAAAACAUCAUAAUCACGCCAUUAAUUAAUAUUGUAACUAGAUCAAGUAGAAGAUGUAUAUAAUAUAUUAUAGUUAUAUAUGUUUAUUUUAAUAAAUAAAAUAUUAUUUAACAUUAGUUUAAAGUUGUAUAUAUUUAUUUUUCUUUUUGUUAUAUAUAAAAUAAUAUUACUAUUUAAAUUUCAUAAAAAUAUUUAUUAUGAUUUAACUCUAAAUAUAAUACAAACAAAUAUGCAUUUAAGCGACUUCAGGAUGAUUAUUUCAAAUAGAGAUAUUCACAAAAAUAUAUAAUAAGUUUUCUUUCAUUGUAAAAAUUUGGUUAAUACAAAGUAAAGCUAGAUAUUGUGCAUAUACAUUAAGUUCUUAUGUUUUUCAAAUAGAUAGAUAGAUAAAACAAUUAUAAUAAAAAUUAUUAUAACAGUGUAUUAUUUUUUAAUAUGAAUAAAAUGAUCAAUAUAUAUUUUUAAAAUAAGAUUAAUAAAAAAUAUAUAAAAAGAUUAAUAAACAAUAUAAACAUGUUUAUAAAUACACUUACGCAGUUACAUAUACAAAAAAAGAUAUCUAAAUAUUAGUUUUUUAAAGACUAUAAUUGUAUAAAAAAAAUCUAAAUAAAAAAAUAAUAAAGCAUACUUCGAAUAAAACUUCAUAUAAAAAUGCAUAUAAACCAAUUGUACUUCAUUAUCUUAAAAUUAGUAUAAAAUGAUACAAAUUAUUAAAAUAAACUCGCGCGUAGCGCGAAUCAAAAAUCUAGUAUAUACAAUUUUUGAUCAGAGAAAAAGAUACAUAUAUAAAUUCCAAUGGUCCAAAAAUUGGUUUAGGUAAAGCUUAAAUUAGUUAGCAUGCUAAUCUAAUCAUAACCGAAACGAUUUUCUUAAAAUCUGAUAUAAGUUGAUUAAGUUGGUCUAAACUUUAGACUGGUUUGAAUAGAUAUAAAAUAUUUUAAAUCAGUUAAUUCAAUUAACAUCAAAGAAAAUUAUGACUAAUAUAAUUAUAUCAUCUUCAAUAUCAAUUUUUUUAUUAUAAAUAAGUGAUCUUUUCCUUUUCUAAUUUUUAAUUAUUUUUAAAUUUUAAUAUAUCUAAUUUUAAUUUUUUUUAUUAUUAAACGCAAAAUUUUAAAUAUGUAAUAUAAAUAUAAAAAUAAAGAAAAAAUUAUUAACAUAUAAGCCUCACCUAUAUUCCGAAUAAUUCACCUAGGCACUAGUCCUAUUUAAAUCUCUGACUACUGUCUACGGACUUUUUAAACACUGAAUAAUAAGUUCAUUUCAAACUGAUUAAAAAAAAAAAAGAAUAGGAAUAAUUAGUUCUACACAAUUCUCAUGUAAACCACUGCGGUAUAAUUUUGGUCCGGUUUACUUAAACCGUCGCAUUUAAAGAGCUAACCUGAAGCAGAGGUUUUAGAGAACUUCAAACCUGAGGGUUAAUAACAUGGCGCGUCACAAAUCAAACGCGCCGCCGAAACUCACACAACAGCCGCGGAAGCCACAACAAUCCUCCGGCGCCGAGAGAUCAGCUUUAUACGCCAGAAGAGAAGCGGCCAAAGUCCUCCACACCGUUCUCCGAGGCGACGCGGAGCGCCGAGCCGUCGCGUCGAUAAAGUCACUCGUCUUCAGCCCUUCCGUACGCAACAAACGCGGCACCUUCGCUCUCGUCUGCGAGACGCUAAAGUAUCUUGAUGUGAUAAAGGAUGUUCUUGAAAUCGCUAACGUGUUGAAUAGCAAAUGGAAGAGGCAAGAGCCAUUGGUCUACAUCAUUUGCUAUGAUAUCCUUUUCGGCAAGGAGACUCCAUCGAUUGGUGAUGCUGAGAAGUUUCUCAUGCGGCGUAAAGAUGCUCUACUGUCAGGUUUAGCCACGCUUUUAGUGAGGAAGAAAGUUAAAAGCGUUGAAGAGUUGCUGGAUCUUUCUCAGCUUAAUGGUCAUAUAAAGCAACGUUAUGUUCGUGUAAAUACACUUAAGAUGGAUGUAGAUUCAGCAGUGAAGGAGCUGGAGAAACUGUAUAAGGUGCAGAAGGAUGAGACAGUUCCUGACUUGUUGGUGAUGCCACCUGGCAGCGAUUUGCAUGCUCAUCCUUUGGUUAUGAACGGGCGUAUAUUUUUGCAGGGAAAGGGAAGUUCAAUGGUAGCAGCAGCACUGCAGCCAGAAGCAGGAUGGGAGGUUAUUGAUGCCUGUUCAGCUCCAGGCAACAAAACUGUUCAUCUUGCUUCUCUUAUGAAAGGACAAGGAAAAAUCAUAGCAUGUGAGCUAAAUGAAGAACGAGUAAAGCGUUUGGAACAGACUAUUAAGCUGUCUGGUGCUACCAAUAUUGAAGUCUUUCAUGGUGAUUUUCUGAGUCUAAAUCCGACAGAUCCUUCUUUUGCAAAGGUUCGAGCUAUAUUGUUGGAUCCUUCUUGCUCUGGCUCUGGAACCAUUACAGAUCGUCUGGACCAUCUCCUUCCUUCUCACUCAGCAGAUAACACGAACUAUGACUCCAUAAGACUCCACAAACUCGCUGUUUUCCAGAAGAAGGCUCUUGCUCAUGCACUCUCCUUUCCACAGGUUGAGAGAGUAGUAUACAGCACAUGCUCAAUCCACCAGAUAGAAAACGAAGAUGUGGUCUCUUCUCUAUUACCUCUGGCUUCAUCCUUAGGCUUCAAACUCGCUACCCCUUUUCCUCAGUGGCAGCGUCGCGGUCUCCCUGUAUUCGCGGGAUCUGAGCAUUUACUCAGGAUGGAUCCGGUGGAGGACAAAGAAGGGUUCUUCAUCGCUUUGUUCACCAAGACAAACAACCUUGAUAAUCCAAAAGCGUCUGAGCUUCCAGAAGGAGAGUGUAGAGGAAGACGCAAAAGGUUUUAUCCAUUUCUUUGGCCCAAAGUGUUCUUCAGAGCUUGGAAUGGGAGGUUGCACGGGUCCAGGAGGUGAAACUCCGUAUUAAGUCCCAACUCAGAAGACCCAAGUCCCUUUUUUAAAGAAUGAAGAAACUCUUUUUUUUUUGUAAACGAGACAUCAUUUUAUACAUUAGUCGUCAAUCAAAUAACACUACUGGAUCCCAUUAUUGCUCAAACACUCCAUUCACCUCUUUUCUUAGCUCACUGUGAUCUUCAUUGAGUAUUGAGUAUUGAGGUCAACCUCUUUAGGUCG